CGUUGCGUAAAAGCUGCAGCUCGACCUUCUUAGCCUUACUCCCAUAGCGGAAGGCCUGCGAGUCGUAGAGGUGCAGCAUCUCUAUUUUCGGCAGGUAGUCUAGCAGGACUGGUGGUACCAUUGCUCAGCAAUAGACCAACUACCCUUCAAGGGCUUGAAGAGAAGUAGCAGGUACCGUUUUUCGUACUCCGUUUGUGACGAGGACAAAUUCUUAGUAGCGGUUUCGGUGACAUUGACUUGUGUGUGAAACGUAUUCUAGUGAGUGUCAAGUUCAAGAGACAGUACUUCUGCGGGUUUAGUACAAAUAUAGUUAAGCUCCAUUAUUUUAAAGAUGGCCAGCAGUACGCACCUCAGUAUUGGUUUAGUCUUAGCAUUAUGUUUUAGCUGUUGUUUAGGUCGAAUAGCAUUCGAAAAAUUGACAGAUUACGACUACAAAGGCACGACUUACUACACAGUAAAGAACCUGAGUCUCUACGAAUGUCAAGGAUGGUGUAGGGAGGAAUCUGACUGUCAAGCAGCUGCUUUCAGUUUUGUACUGAAUCCUCUAAUACCAGUCCAAGAAACUCAAUGUCAGCUACAAAACGAAACUCAGGCUAACAUACCUACGGCAACGCCUCAGAGAAGCGUCAACAUGUAUUAUAUGACGAAGCUGCAGCUGAGAAGCGAAAAUAUUUGUCUUAGGCCCUGGGCUUUCGAAAGGGUGCCCAAUAAAAUGAUCAGGGGUUUGGAUAAUGCCUUAAUCUACACGUCUACUAAGGAAGCGUGCCUGGCGGCUUGUCUGAAUGAGCAUCGCUUCACAUGCAGAUCGUGCGAGUACAACUAUAUCACGCUACAAUGUCAACUCAGUGAUACUGACAGACGGUCUGCAGGACAGUUCGUGCAGUUUGUAGACGCCCAAGGAGUAGACUACUUCGAAAACUUAUGUCUAAAAGGAAACCAAGCUUGUAAAGGUAACAGAAUCUUCCAAACGCCUAGAAUAGGGGUAGCAGAAGACAAAGUCUCACAAUACGCCACUCUCCACUACUACACGGACAAAGAGCUUCAAGUAACCUCAGAAGCAGCCUGCAGAUUAGCUUGUGAAAUCGAAAACGAAUUUCUGUGCAGAUCAUUCUUGUUCAAAGGACCUCCAAUGGGUGCGCAAUACAACUGUCAGCUGUUCCAUUUAGAUCACAAGACGUUGCCGGAUGGUCCUAGUACUUAUUUGAAUGCAGAAAGGCCUUUGAUUGACAGUGGUGACAGGAUAGGAAGCUAUUUUGAAAAUAGUUGUGAAAAACCAUCAGCCGGUGCAGGAUCAGGAGAAAACACACUCCCAGUGGAAUUUGAGACGUCCCAAGAUCCCAAUCUCAAUAAUCUGACCAAGACUGCUGACGUAAACUGUGAUAAAACAGGAACCUGUUAUGAUGUGGCGGUAAAUUGUAAAGACACCAAAAUCGCCGUUUCUGUAAGGACAAACAAACCAUUCAACGGAAGGAUUUAUGCUUUAGGUAGAUCGGAAACUUGUAACGUUGACGUCAUCAACAGCGACCUUUUUAGGCUGGAUUUGACUAUGACUGGCCAGGAUUGCAACACCCAAUCAGUGACGGGAGUAUACAGUAAUACAGUAGUACUCCAGCACCACAGCGUUGUCAUGACCAAAGCUGACAAAAUCUACAAAGUAAAAUGCACAUACGACAUGUCUUCGAAGAACAUCACUUUCGGAAUGAUGCCUAUCAGAGAUCCAGAAAUGAUCAGCAUCACUUCUGCUCCUGAAGCACCACCACCAAAGAUCCGCAUCCUGGACAGCCUGAACAGAGAAGUGGAAACGGUGAGAAUUGGGGACAAGCUCACUUUCAGAAUCGAAAUUCCAGAAGAUACACCUUACGGUAUUUUUGCCAGAAGCUGCGUGGCUAUGGCCAAAGACUCCAAGAGCAUCUUCCAGAUAAUCGACGACGAGGGAUGUCCCGUAGAUCCCAGCAUCUUCCCCGCUUUCAACCUGGACGGCAAUGCUCUCCAAUCCAUCUACGAAGCCUUCAGAUUCACCGAAUCUUACGGUGUGAUCUUCCAGUGCAACGUCAAAUAUUGCCUAGGACCUUGUGAACCUGCUGUUUGUGAAUGGGGCAGAGACUCUCUAGAAUCCUGGGGCAGAAGGAAGAGAAGCGUCCAAAAUCAAACCGAAGAGGAGAAAGAAGAAGAUAUGACCCUUAGCCAGGAAAUCCUAGUUUUGGACUUGGGUGAUUUCGAACAAUCCGACUUCUUGAAGAGCGAUCCCAACAGCGCAGAUUUUGGAAAAGACAAAACCGUCACCAUUGUCGAACCUUGCCCGACUAAAACGUCAGUUUUAGCGUUAGGAGUGACAUGCGCUCUAUUAGUACUGCUCUAUAUCACGACCUUAUUCUGUUACUAUAUGAAGAAAUGGCUAAACCCAUCGAAAAGAUUCGCUUGAAUUCGAACUAGCAUUUGCCGUCCUAAUUAAGGCUUAUUACUAUACGAAAUACCCCCGUACGUAUUGGAUUAAAGUACUUACCGAUCAACCCGGGUAUUUUCCCAGUUUUUAGUACCUUUUUAGAAAAAUAAGAAAAGGUAAUCAUGUGGCAAUAAGUACUAUAAAGCAACGUAUUCAUUUUUAAGGAUAUUUUAGUAAUAAAACCAAUAUAUUUAACACAUUUUAGUUCUGAGUAGCAUUUUCUUCCGUUGUAUAUAAAUAAAAAAAAUUAAAUGCUACUUGGUAUAUAACUAUAUUUUUUUGUGAUAUUUCACACAACAGCUUCGUAUUGGAUAAAAAAAAACGAAGAUUGUUGUGUAAAAAUCAGAAAAUAUGGGGUCA